AUGGCGAACGGUAAGUUGUUUUCAUUUGAGAAUGUCGAUUCUUUAACGAAUCUUCGUUUCUUGUGGUUCUAAUAAAACUUAUUUUAAUGGAUUGCGUGAGUAAUGCCUGCUUUACAUUUUUCAGUUGAUAUUCCUCGAAACUUUCGCUUGUUGGAAGAGCUUGAAGAAGGGCAAAAAGGUAACAAAGACAGCAACAUUUCAUGGGGUCUUGAAGAUGAUGAAGACAUGACUCUGACACGAUGGAGUGGGAUGGUCUUAGGACCUCCUAGAGUAAGUUUACUCUUUGUUUCUGUUUUCUAAUGUUUAGAUUUGCAUUUCUUGUUCUUUUUUGAAAAUAUUGGGAAAGCUAAGGAGAUAAUUGAUUCUUUAUUUUUUCAGACUCCUUAUGAGACUCGGAUAUACAAUCUCAGGAUUGAAUGCGGGCCCAACUAUCCUAAAGAUCCUCCAACCGUCCGUUUUACCACUAAGAUCAACAUGAAUGGCGUUAAUCCUCAAAAUGGCGUGGUAAGUUAAUGGAUAUUUUUUUGUGUAUUUAGGUUGGUAAACUCGCUUCGUAUUUCGUUUAAAAUAUUUCUCAUGUCCAUUUCUCGGUUUUAUUUCGAAAUGCACUUUUAUAAUAUAAAUGACUUCUUUUCAGGUCGACAAACGUUACGUUCCUUCUCUCCGUCAAUGGUCUCAGAACUGCUACAUCAAGACGAUCCUCGAUGACAUCCGUCGACACAUGAUGACCGCCAAAGAGAAUGCCAAACUCUCCCAACCGCCCGAGGGCACCAGUUUUUGA